CUCAGUUGAGUAAUGCAGUUGGGUCACAAUUACUACCUCUUUUCUUGUGAAUGUCUUGUGAUAGUGGCUUAACUAUUUUGUCGGGGGGGAAAAAUCAAGUAAACCAGGUGAGGUCAUUUUACAGAGGAAAGCACUGUGGAUGAUGAAGCUUUGGACCCAUCCCUGGAACCAAACCCCUUUCAGGAUGGAUACUAAGAUUUACAAGGCUGCGCUGAUAUGUCUUCUGUUUGUCAUGUCAGAAGUGUCAUGGGCCCAGAGUCAAACUCCCUCAGAUCAAAGAAUGUCUCCCACCAAACCUACGCCUCCCACUGGAAACAGAACCACCAUAAAUGCUGAAACAGCCCCGAAAAAUCUCUCAGAGAAAAGCACAUCUGGGCACAACACCCAGAACACUUCAGUCAGCUCCACCGUAUCCGCAACAAGAACAACAGCUUUCAUUCAGAAGGCAACAGAGCUUCAAACAAAGCCCACAUCUGCUACAGUGUCAUCGACGGAGAAAACAACGGCCAAAAACAAAACUGGCUGGGAUCCAAAGUGGGAUGAACCUUUCACCUAUAAUUAUCAAUCUCUGCGAUACGCUGGCCUGAUCAUUGCCAGUGUGCUCUUCGUUAUGGGAAUUAUGAUCAUUGGCUGUGGCAAGAUCUGCCGGCUGCCCAAGUGUCACAAGAGGUCAUCGAAAUCAUACCGUGUGGUCCAAGGAUAAGAAGAUGUGCAAACAAUGGCAGCCAUGGAAAGUUUCAAGAAAUUACAAACGACUUAGUCUGUCAGAGAGAAAAACACUUCACUAACACCUGGCAACGCGUUUGUGUGCGGACUGACAGGCUAAUUUUACUGCUUGGUAACUGUGGUGGAAGUUUGAGCAAACAAAUAUUGACUCAUGCUGAUAAAUGGAAAGCCUGGGAUCUGUUUUCAUGUCUAUAAAAUAAACUGUACUGGAAAUUAAAUUGUCCUGAACAAGAUCACUCUAACUUUAAUUGCAUCAAAUUGCAUGAAACAAAUUUUUGUAAAAAAAAAAAAGUCAAUCACUAAAGGUCAUGAAUAAACAUAUUUGUACACCGAG